GGGGGCGGGGGGUGGGGGAGGCCGCCCAGCGCCGAAGCGGGGGCCCCGGCCGAGGGCGCGGCGGGGCUGCGCGCACGCUGGGGCGCGUGGAGGGGCGCGGAGGGCGAUAUGAGUCUGGUGGGGGGCUUCCCCCACCACCCGGUGGUGCACCAUGAGGGCUAUCCGUUCGCCGCCGCCGCCGCCGCCGCCGCUGCCGCCGCCGCCAGCCGCUGCAGCCACGAGGAGAACCCCUACUUCCAUGGCUGGCUCAUCGGCCACCCCGAGAUGUCGCCCCCCGACUAUAGCAUGGCCCUGUCCUACAGCCCCGAGUACGCUAGCGGCGCCGCCGGCCUGGACCACUCCCAUUACGGGGGGGUGCCGCCGGGCGCCGGGCCCCCGGGCCUAGGGGGGCCGCGCCCGGUGAAGCGCCGGGGCACUGCUAACCGCAAGGAGCGGCGCAGGACUCAGAGCAUCAACAGCGCCUUCGCCGAACUGCGCGAGUGUAUCCCCAACGUGCCCGCCGACACCAAACUCUCCAAGAUCAAGACGCUGCGCCUGGCCACCAGCUACAUCGCCUACCUCAUGGACCUGCUGGCCAAGGACGACCAGAAUGGCGAGGCGGAGGCCUUCAAGGCGGAGAUCAAGAAGACAGAUGUGAAAGAAGAGAAGAGGAAGAAGGAGCUGGAACACAGAACUAUAACUGAAAAGCAGUUUUCUCCAGUUCCGACCAAGUGCCCACAGAACGAAAUCUUGAAAAGCACAGUGAGCAGCAACGACAAGAAAACCAAAGGCCGGACGGGCUGGCCGCAGCACGUCUGGGCCCUGGAGCUCAAGCAGUGAGGAGGAGGAGGAGGAGGAGAGCGCGAGUGAGCCGGGGCCCAGGAGCCGGAAGCAGACCCAGGACUCCGGGCAAGCUCUCCAAGCUCCGCUCUGAGGACUUCUUGCAUUUGGAAUCAUCCGGUUUAUUUAUGUGCAAUUUGCCUCCCCUCUCUUUGCCCCCCUUUGAGGCAUCCGCUCCCCACCUCCCCCUCCAAAAAAAAAGUGGAUAUUUGAAGAAAAGCAUUCCAUAUUUUAAUAUGAAGAGGACACUCCCGCGUGGUAAGGGAUCCCGUCGUCUCGUAGAUUCUCUGUGUGUGAAUGUUCCCUCGAGGCUGUGUAGACACCAGCGUUGCUCCCACCCCACUUACCCAACCCCUUCCAGAUAAAGACAGCAAACAAUAGUGUGUAUGUAAAGUGUAUCUUUAAUACUUGGCCUUUGGAUAUAAAUAUUCCUGGGGAUUAUAAAGUUUUAUUUCAAAGCAGAAAACGGGGCCGCUAACAUUUCAGUUGGGGUCGGUAUCUAGUGCUGUCUUUUCAUCUGUGGUCGUUCCCUAUUUGAAGAUGUUUCCAACAGCUACUUGUUUUGUGCACUUCCGUCCUCUAAAACUAAGUGGAAUUUAAUUAAUAUUGAAGGUGUAAACGUUGUAAGUAUUCAAUAAACCACUGUGUGUUUUUUUACAAAAACCCCAAUCUUUUAAUGGUUGAUACCUCAGAAGAGUUUUGAAAACAAAACUGUUAUACUUGUUUUCAUAAUAUUUAAAAUAUUCAGAAGUAAACUAAAUUAUUAUGA